AUGUGGUCAAUAGUCAGAUAUGGAUGAUGUUUUUUCUCCCAUCUUUAACGGAUCAUCCUGGCAGCACUCAUAAUUUCAAGGGGAAUCAGUGCCAGGAUGUGCUGCAUCUAGAGGGGAGAAAAUGCAUCGUUCAUACCAAAGCGCUCCAUCGAGCAUUUCCUGAUCCAGGAUCCAGAAGAAGGCUAUCAUCAAAAUCAAGGAUUUGCUGUUGUUCCAAUGCUGGAAGGGAUAAAUGGCGUGAAAAAAAAGCUUUAAUUAAGGCUACCUCUGGAGCAUCUCCUCAAUUUCAAUAUCAUGAUUGGUUCUUCUUUCUUUCUACUUGAAAGUGGAACCAAGGAUGCUUUCAGGGAUGCGUAUGCAACUACGGUAGCUCUAAUUUCAGUACCGCUCUCGCGAAGUGGAGCUGAGUAGUAAAAACGUUCAGAGAAUCGCCAAGGAUGUGAUGUCGUUUGUCGCUAAGCCCAUAGAGACACCCGGAACGUGGGGGAUGCAUAACAACGAAAAUUUUUAAGGCUAUCUUUUCACUAUACCAUGUGGACUAUGUAUGUAUCUAUGCUGAGUGGAGUCCUCUACUUAGUUUAAAGGUGAAAAUAGCGGGCAAAAGGGGACCUCCCUCAAGCAGGCUGAGUGAGAGACUGGCGUU